UUCUGGUAUGUGCUGAAGAAUCCAAGACAUCCAAACCCUGCCCCCUGACAUUUAGAGGGUUAUAUAAACGCUCAUUGCAGUCUUCCUCUGCUGUUUUUUUUAUCCUCAACAAAGAGAUCUGCCAGGGAAAGUACACAGUGAGAAGUUGGAAAUACUUAUUAAGAAGUGCAGCAACUUCCCACUUGGGUUGCAUUAUAUCUGCUUUCUCUUCAUCUUCACCACUGGCUACUUCCAGAGUAAAGCGUCAAGAGUCAGAACCGGGCCCCGAUACCCGGAAGCAGCGCGGACUGCUGCUUACCAGGCUGGAUAUGCGGGGCACACAAUCAAGCACCCCACACCGCUGAUCAUAUGCACUUAACCCCUGGACGGUACUGAAGCUCAGCGCUGUCUUACAGCUCGGGACCUGCUCAGGAGGUCGCCGGGCUGCUAGCUGCAGAAGAGGAGCCUGUGAUACGUGAUACCAUACUACAUCUAAUAUCAUGUGGCUCCCUCUACUGGCACUGCUGGGCGUGAUCCUCCUGUACAGAUGGUACAGACAGAGUCAGAUACUGGAGAAUCUCACAGAUAAACAUGUCUUCAUCACCGGAUGUGACACUGGAUUUGGAAACCUGCUGGCAAGGAAUCUGGACAAACGUGGAAUGAGGGUUCUGGCUGCCUGUCUGACGGAUAGACGGGCUGAGGAACUGAGGAAGGAGACUUCCAGCAGAUUACAGACAGUAAUUUUAGAUGUUACUGACAGCCAGAGUGUUAGUUCUGCAGCCAAUUGGGUGUCUACAAUUGUUGGUGACAAAGGACUAUGGGGACUAGUAAACAAUGCAGGAAUUAGUGUCCCAAUUUGUACCAAUGAGUGGUUGAAAAAAGAGGAUUUUCUAAAGGUCCUCAAUGUAAACCUGUUGGGCGUUAUUGAUGUGACACUCAAUCUCUUGCCAUUGAUCCGGAAGGCCAAAGGACGAAUAGUCAACGUAGCUAGCAUUGCAGGAAGAUUAACUAUAUGCCCCGGGGGAUACUCUAUAUCCAAGUAUGGUGUAGAGUCUUUUUCAGACAGUCUGAGGCAGGAGAUGCGACCAUUUAAUGUGAAGGUAUGCAUUCUAGAGCCUGGGUAUUUUAGCACACAAAUAGCAACUGGAGAAUUGUUACAGGGGGAUAUGAAGAGGAACUGGGAGAGGCUUACAGAAGAAGUCAAACAAAUUUAUGGAGAGGAGUAUUACAAAAAAGGUUUAGCCUCGGUUGAUGGUUUGGAACAACGCUGUAGCAAAAAGCUGUCCCUAGUCACAGACUGCAUGGAGCAUGCUCUGACUGCGGUUCAUCCCUGGACGCGAUACUCUGCAGGCUGGGACGCCAAGCUCUUCUUCAUACCUCUCUCCUACUUACCUACAGUAAUCUCAGACUUUCUCCUAACCAUUGGUCAGCCAAAACCAGCUUGGACGGGUUGAUUUGUCUUCUGAAAUUCCAUAUUCCGGUGUUUACUUAUUGGAUGCUGAUUAGUGUGAUACAUUUAAGCAUGAUAAUACAGUAUAUCAUAAAUAAAUCUAAAAAUAGAAUAAAACUAAAGUUCAUAGGUUGUUUAAACAAGUAAUAAAUACAGGUUGAGUAUCCCAUAUCCAAAUAUCCGAAAUACGGAAUAUUCCGAAAUACGGACUUUUUUGAGUGAGAUAGUGAAACUUUUGUUUUUUGAUGGCUCAAUGUACACAAACUUUGUUUAAUACACACAGUAAUUAAAAAUAUUGUAUUAAAUGACCUUCAGGCUGUGUGUAUAAGGUGUAUAUGAAACAUAAAUGAAUUGUGUGAAUGUAGAUACACUUUGUUUAAUGCACAAAGUUAUAAAAAAAUAUUGGCUAAAAUUACCUUCAGGCUGUGUGUAUAAGGUGUAUAUGAAACAUAAAUGCAUUCUGUGCUUAGACUUAGGUCCCAUCGCCAUGAUAUAUCAUUAUGGUAUGCAAUUAUUCCAAAAUACGGAAAAAUCCGAUAUCCAAAAUACCUCUGGUCCCGAGCAUUUUGGAUAAGGGAUACUCAACCUGUAUUUCAAGUCCAAUAAAACAAAAUCACAACAUAGCAAAUUAAAAAAAGAAAAACAGCAUGAUUCGUAAAUAUUAAAUUAGAUUUUGGAGGUAUCCAAUCAACUUACAGUAUAUAUAGAAUUGUGGAAAGUUUAGUCAUUUGGUGUUAUAUGCUAAGUGGAAUUGCUAUACUCUAUAUUGUACUUUAAUAUUAGUUUUUGCAUUUUAAAAUGAGUUUUGUGAACAAUUUCUCCUUGAAAAAUAUUUGAAAUAAAUAAAUACUACUACUACUACUACUACUACUACUACUACUACUACUACUACUAAUAAUAAUAAUAAUAAUAAUAAUAAUGAUGUGCAUUAGGAAGUUGUUUAUCUACUUGUACAAUGGCUGUAGGAUUUUUUAAUCAUCAAAGAUGGAAAUAUUCAAUGUCAGGCAUAGUUCUGUGAACCUAAUAGUGGGCGUUUCACACAUUUCCAAACAGUUAUAUCCAAUUCAGUGAAUAGCGAAUAUGACACUUGUAUAAGAAAUGUAGAAAACGGUGGGGGUGACCUACCGGCUAUGAGAUACUGACUGGCAGAAUGCAGCACGUCAUGUGGCUCCCCCCAUGUGGACAUGGCAUCAGCAAGUUUGUAUGCACUUGCUGCAUGCCAGGUCCCGUCGGUGGCGAUUUCAUGCUGGAUACACAUUGCUAAGUGUGUACCCAGCUUUAGACUUUCCUUAGGGAUAUUGUGAAGUUUCUGGACACACAGUUUGCUCUUCAGCCUUGGUGUUCAUCUAUUGGGCACUGAUUUGUCAGUUUUUUAAAGGUGACACAUCUAGGUGUUGAAUGUGAGGUUGCAGAAGAUGCCUGACUGUGUUUGGCCCUGGCUUUUUCAAUAGGCCUUCUAUUGCAUAACCCCGCAGUAGAAGGACUACCACUCACAAAGACAGGCCAUAGUCUGAGCCUUUCCUUGGCUCUGCAUGUGGUGUAUGGCAUUUUGGCAAUUUUCUCUAACGUCCUAGUGGAUGCUGGGGACUCCGUAAGGACCAUGGGGAAUAGCGGGCUCCGCAGGAGACUGGGCACUCUAAAGAAAGGUUUAGUGCUAUCUGGUGUGCACUGGCUCCUCCCUCUAUGCCCCUCCUCCAGACCUCAGUUAGAAUCUGUGCCCGGCCAGAGCUGGGUGCUUUUAGUGAGCUUUCCUGAGCUUACUAAUAAGAAAAUAUUUUAGUUAGGUUUUUUAUUUUCAGAGAGCUUCUGCUGGCAACAGACUCUCUGCUACGUGGGACUGAGGGGAGAGAAGCAAACCUACUCACUGCAGCUAAGUUUUCUUAGGCUACUGGACACCAUUAGCUCCAGAGGGAUCGAACACAGGUACCUAACCUUGAUCGUCCGUUCCCGGAGCCGCGCCGCCGUCCCCCUCGCAGAGCCAGAAGAACAGAAGCAGCAGAAGCAUGAAGACAUCAAAAUCGGCGGCUGAAGACUCCUGUCUUCACUUAAGGUAGCGCACAGCACUGCAGCUGUGCGCCAUUGCUCCCACAGCACACCACACACUCCGGUCACUGUAGGGUGCAGGGCGCAGGGGGGGCGCCCUGGGCAGCAAUUAAGAUACCUUUUGGCAAAAUUAUACAUAUAUACAGUCAGGCACUGUAUAUAUGUACGAGCCCCCGCCAUUAUUUUUACACAGAAACGGGACAGAAGCCCGCCGCUGAGGGGGCGGGGCCUUCUUCCUCAGCACUCACCAGCGCCAUUUUCUCUCCACAGAUCCGCUGAGAGAAGCUCCCCAGGCUCUCCCCUGCAAUAGAAGAGGGUAAAAAGAGAAGGGGGGCAUAUAAAUUUGGUGCAAAAACAAUAUAUACAGCAGCUACUUGGUUAACACUAAGUUACUGUGUGAUUCCUGGGUCAUAUAGCGCUGGGGUGUGUGCUGGCAUACUCUCUCUCUGUCUCUCCAAAGGGCCUUGUGGGGGAACUGUCUUCAAAUAGAGCAUCCCCUGUGUGUGUGGUGUGUCGGUACGUGUGUGUCGACAUGUCUGAGGUAAAAGGCUCCCCUAAGGAGGAGAUAGGGCAAAUAUGUGUGAGAGGGUGUCUCCGUCGACAACGCCGACACCUGUUUGGAUAUGUGUAAGUGCUGAGGUGAAUUUAUUGCACAAAAGAUUAGAGAACAGACAGGAAAUCUACCCAUGUCUGUCCCUAUGUCGCAGAGACCUUCAGAGUCUCACAAUGCUCACUAUCCAAAAUAAUAAACACUGAUAUCGACACGGAGUUUGACUCAAGUGUCGACUACGAUAAUGCAAAGUUACAGCCAAAAUGGCUGAAAGGUAUUCAAUAUAUGAUUAUUGUAAUAAAAGAGAAUUUGCAUAUCACUGAUGACUCAUCUGUCCCUGACACGAGGGUACACAUGUUUAAGAGAAAGAAAGCUGAGGUAAAUUUCCCUCCUCUCAUGAGGAAAAAGAGCGGGAAACUCCAGACAAGAGACUGCAGCUUCCCACAAAAAAUUCUCAAGCAGUAUCUUUUCCCAACUAGGGCCAGGAUGUGAUGGGAAUCUUCCCCUAGGGUGUCCCGUUUGCCCAGAAGGUAGCACUAGCUAUUCUCAGGGAUCCUGCAGAUAGCGUGCACAUUCUAGUAUACUACUCAGACCGGCGAUUGUGUCGGCAUGGGUUUAUAGCGCUGUGGCAGUGUGGACAGGUACCUUAUCAGCAGAGAUUGAGACCCUAGUAUGCAUAUAGAGAUAUAUAUAUAUAUAUAUAUGUAUAUAUAGAAAUAUAUAUAUAUUAAAGAUGCUGUCUUAAGUGAUAGGUAUAUAUAUAUAUAUAUAUAUAUAUAUAUAUAUUAAACAUGCCCAAAGAGACAUGAGUAUACUGGGUCCUAGAGUCAAAGCUAUGUCGCUUUCUGCUUGACGUGUCCUGUAGAAUAUGCAAUGGACAGAUGAUGCCGACUUAAGAGGCAUUUGGAAGGCUGAGGAUUGUGUGGAGAAGGGUUCUCGGACCUGGUCUCCAAAGCUAUCGCUGGUAAUUCUGAUAUUUUGCCUUAUAUUCCUGCACAGCCUACGAAAGCACGACAUUAUCAAAUGCAGUCUUUCGAAUAAAGAAACAAGAAAGUCCGAGGUGUGUCCUUUCUUGCCAGAGGCGGGGGCAGAGGAAAGAAGCUGCACAACACGGCUACUUCCCAGGUACAGAAGUCCUCCCUGGCCUCUACAAAAAUCCACCGCAUGUCGCUGGGGCUCCACAGGCGGAGCUAGGCCCGGUGGGGGCACGCCUUCGUAAGUUCAGCCACAAGUGGGUUCACUCCCUGUUAGAUCCGUGGGCAAUAGAUAUUGUGUCUCAGGGAUACAAGCUGGACUUUGAGAAGAUGCCCCCUCACUGCCGGCCCUGCCGGCUUCCCCCCACGAGAGGGAAACAGUGUUAACUGCAAUUCAUAAAUUGUAUCUUCAACAGGUGGUGGUCAAGGUUCCCCUCCUUCAACAAGGAGGGGGUUAUUAAUCGACCAUGUUGUAGUCCCGAAACCAGACGGUUCGGUCGGACCCAUAUUGAAUUUAAAAUCCCUGAACAUAUACCUGAAAGGGUUCAAGUUCAAGUUGGAAUCGCUAAGAGCGGUGAUUUCAAGCCUGAAAGGGGGAGAUUUUAUGGUGACUCGGGACAUAAAGGAUGCAUUCCUUCAUGUCCACAUUUAUCCACCUCAUCAGGCAUACCUCAGAAUUGCGGUACGGGAUGGUCAUUACCAAUUUCAAACGUUGCCGUUUGGCCUCUCCACGGCCUUGAGAAUAUUCACCAAGGUAAUGGCGUAAAUGAUGGUGCUCCUGCGGAAGCAAGGUGUCAAUCACGUACUUGGACGAUCUCCUCAUAAAAGCGAGAUCAAGAGAGCAGUUGCUGAACAGCGUAUCACUUUCUCUGGAAGUGAAACGGCAACAAGGCUGGAUUCUAUAUAUUCCAAAGUCGCAGUUGGUUCUUACAGCUCAUCUGCCUCUCCUAGGCAUGAUCCUAGACACAGACCAGAAAAAUCUCCCGAUAGAGAGAGCUCAGGAGCUCGCGACACUGGUCAGGAAUCUAUUAAAACUAAAACAGGUGUCAGUGCAUCACUGCACUCGAGUCCUGGGAAGGAGGGUGGCAUCAUACGAGGCCAUUCCCUUCGGCAGGUUCCAUAACUUCCAAUGGGACUUACUGUACAAGUGGUCCGGAUCACAUCUUCGGAUGCAUCGGUUAAUCACCCUAUCCCCCAGAGCAAGGGUGUCUCUCCUGUGGUGACUGCAGAGUGCUCACCUUCUCGAAGGUCGCAGAUUCGGCAUUCAGGACUGGGUCCUGGUGACCACGGAUGCAAGCCUCCGAGGGUGGGGGGCAGUCACACAGGGAAGAAAUUUCCAAGGGCUGUGGUCAAGGCAGGAGACUUGCCUUCACAUCAAUAUCCUGGAACUUAUGGCCAUUUACAAUGCCCUAAGUCAAGCGGAGACCCUGCUUCGCGACCAACCGGUUCUGAUCCAGUCAGACAAUAUCACCGCAGUGGCUCAUGUAAACCGCCAAGGCGGCACAAGGAGCAGGGUGGCGAUGGUAGAAGCCACCAGAGUUCUUCGCUGGGCGGAGAAUCACGUAAGCACACUGUCAGCAGUGUUCAUUCCGGGACUGGACACCUGGGAAGCAGACUUCCUCAGCAGGCACGACCUCCACCCGGGAGAGUGGGGACUUCACCAAGAAGUCUUCACGCAGAUUGCAAAUCGACGGGAACUGCCACAGGUGGACAUGAUGGCGUCCCGCCUCGACAAAAAGCUAAAAUGGUAUUGCGCCAGGUCAAGGGACCCUCAGGCGAUAGCUGUGGACGCACUAGUAACACUGUGGGUGUUCCAGUCGGUCUAUGUGUUUCCUCCUCUUCUUCUCAUACCAAAGGUGCUGAGAAUUGUAAGAAAAAGAGGAGUGAGAACAAUACUCAUUGUUCCGGAUUGGCCAUGAAGGACUUGGUAACCCGGAACUUGGUACCCAGUACCCGGACCCAUGGUCUCUGGCUCUCAGACAGGACCUGUUGCAACAAGGGCCCUGUCUAUUCCAAGACUUACCGCGGCUGCGUUUGACGGCAUGGCGGUUGAACACCGGAUCCUAGCGGAAAAAGGCAUUCCGGAUGCAGUUAUUCCUACGCUGAAAGGCUAGGAAGGACGUGACAGCAAAGCAUUAUCACCGUAUAUGGUGAAAAUAUGUGCUUGGUGUGAGGCCAGGAAGGCCCUACAGAAGAAUUCCAGCUGGGUCGAUUCCUGCACUUCCUACAGUCAGGAGUGACUAUGGGCCUAAAAUUAGGGUCCAUACAGGUCCAGAUUUUGGCCCUAUCCAUUUUCUUUCACAGAGAACUGGCUUCACUGCCUGAGGUUCAGACGUUGGCUAAGGGAGUGCUGCAUAUUCAGCGCCCUUUUGUGCCACCAGUGGCAUUUUGGGAUCUUAACGUGGUGUUGGGUUUCCUGAAAUCCCACUGGUUUGAGCCAUUUAAGACUGUGGAGCUAAAGUAUCUCACGUGGAAAGUGGUCAUGCUGUUGGCCUUAGCUCCGGCUAGGCGUGUGUCAGAAUUGGCGGCUUUGUCAUGUAAAAGCCCCUAUUUGGUUUUCCAGAUGGACAGGGCAGAAUUGCGGACUCGUCCGCAAUUUCUGCAAAAGGUGGUGUCAUCUUUUCAUUUGAACCAACCUAUUGUGGUGCCUGCGGCUACUUGUGACUUGGAAGAUUCCAAGUUGCUUGACGUAGUCCGGGCUUUGAAGAAUUAUGUAACCAGAACGGCUGGGGUUAGGAAGACUGACUCGCUGUUUAUCCUGUAUGCAUCCAACAAAGUGGGUGCUCCUGCUUCAAAGCAAGCUAUUGCUCGCUGGAUCUGUAACACGAUUCAGCAGGCUCAUUCUGCGGCUGGAUUGCCGCAUCCAAAAUCAGUGAAAGCCCAUUCCACAAGGAAGGUGGGCUCUUCUUGGGCGGCUGCCCGAGGGGUCUCGGCAUUACAGCUUUGCCGAGCUGCUACUUGGUCGGGUUCAAACACAUUUGCAAAAUUUUAUAUGUUUAAUACCCUGGCUGAGGAGGACCUUGUGUUUGCCCAUUCGGUGCUGCAGAGUCAUCCGCACUCUCCCGCCCGUUUGGGAGCUUUGGUAUAAUCCCUAUGGUCCUUACGGAGUCCCCAGUAUCCACUAGGACGUUAGAGAAAAUAAGAUUUUACUUACCGGUAAAUCUAUUUCUCGUAGUCCGUAGUGGAUGCUGGGCGCCCGUCCCAAGUGCGGACUUUUUCUGCAAUGCUUGUAUAUAGUUAUUGCUUAAAUAAGGGUUAUGUUAUAGUUGCAUCAGGGUUUAUCUGAUGCUUUGUUAUUGUUCAUACUGUUAACUGGGUAAGUUUAUCACGAGUUAUACGGUGUGAUUGGUGUGGCUGGUAUGAGUCUUAAUACCCUGGAUUCCAAAAUCCUUUCCUUGUAAUGUCAGCUCUUCCGGGCACAGUUUCCUUAACUGAGGUCUGGAGGAGGGGCAUAGAGGGAGGAGCCAGUGCACACCAGAUAGUACUAAAUCUUUCUUUAGAGUGCCCAGUCUCCUGCGGAGCCCGCUAUUCCCCAUGGUCCUUACGGAGUCCCCAGCAUCCACUACGGACUACGAGAAAUAGAUUUACCGGUAAGUAAAAUCUUAUUUUAAAUUAUUUGAGAGAAAAUUUUCCUCUCCUAUUUGGAGGUAAUGUAAAACAUAUAUCUCUAGUAAAAAGGAAAUUCUUAAGUCAAAGGAUAUAGUGCAGGUGACUAAACAAGUAUCCUUCAGGUAUUUAUUACAAAACUUCAGCGUAAACAGCUAUGAGUGGCUACAGUACCAGUCUGUGCAAACCUCAGUAAAUCUCCUUUUAUGCAGCAGCCAGAGGUUUAGGAUUCUGUGAAUUUACAUACUAUUGUGGCAGACAUUACCUUAACGGCUACAAGUCAAGCAUCCUAAGGAAAGGAGCCACCGAUCAUUAUUGAGACUCCAUUUAGGAUUGCUCCAGCAAAGCCAGACUGAGAACAACUUUAAUGCACAGAGUUUAUAUAAGAAAUGCUACCAGAGCAACUAACCUGCGCAUUUCUUUGAAAGUGCACCAACGAAGACCUGGACAGGCAGGACUACCAGGAUUAGCCUGGAGAUAAUGUAUAUCAAAUGGACAAAUUACAGUUGAAUGUAUAGUGAAGUACAAUUGUAAAGUGCAACGGAAUUUGCUUCUCUAUAGAAGAAACUGUUAAUAAAUGAAUACUGUAUAGAGUUAUUGCUUGCGACCAGAGGCGUAUUUUCUGUCAGUAAUGUAAAGGGAGAUGUACUAAGCCUUGGAUACUGAUAAAGUGGGCGGAGAUAAAGUACCAGCCAAUCAGCUCCUAACUGCCAUGUUACAGGCUGUGUUUGAUAAAUGACAGGAGCUGAUUGGUUGGUACUUUAUCUCUUUCCACUGUAUCAUUCUCCAAACAAAAUAAGGUUUGUUGGCACUGUGUAGGCGGGUGUGUAUUCACAAUUGCAGAUCAGCAGCCACCUAGUGAAGAGUUAGCCAGCCCCUUCUGAUUGUUAGACACAAGAAAUAUAACAUUUUCUAGGUAGCACUUAACACCGCACAGACAUUAUUUAAUAAAAACACAAUUUAUUACACAUAAUGUAAACGAUGACAAUUAGACUAAAAAAACACUCAUGAAACAUUACAAUUAAAGGUGGUCAAAUGAAUCACAGGGUAUCCUUCAGACUCAUAUAUGCGAAUGGUAUGCGUUAUAGAGGUUUUUCCUGGAGUUUAGAAUAAACGCUGGUUGAAUACACACCUCUAUGAGGUUUGCACAUUGCCGCACCUGCUCUUUAACAUCUACCGUAGCUGCUCCUUGCAUCGCUGCACCGGCCUCACAACAUCCAGCGGCUACAGAGCACCUGCUGAGUCGGGUUAACAUCAAUUUGCCCUUGCUCCCUUGCUUGUGAGCUGAUAGACGGUUGACGGAGCCGUCUAUUCAGGAUUUCUGGCCGUCCAUGUAUGCAGACCAUUCACUAACGGCCGUUCCACAUGUCAAUUACCAAAACACAAUUCGGGCAACACUGAGAGUCAGCUGUAUGGAUCCAGCGUUGAGACUGACUGAUCACAUACUGAGAGUCUCCGCUUGCAACUACUGACAGCCGUAACUUUGGGGCUAAUUCAGACCUGAUCACUAGGCUGCGUUUUCGUACAGUGGGCAAUCAGGUCUAAACUGCGUAUGCACCGCAAUGCGCAGGCACAUCGCACGGGUACAAAGCGGAUCGCCGAUUAGUGAUGGGUUUGUGCGGAGGAUCCAUUCGCAUGGGCGUUCGCAAGGAGAUUGACAGGAAGAAGGCAUUUGUGGGUGUCAACUGACCGUUUUCAGGGAGUGUAUGGAAAAACGCAGGUGUGUCCAAGGUAGGGUUCUGACGUCAUUUCCGGUCCCAGACUGGCUGAAGUGUUCGCAGCGGCUGAGUAAGAUCCUGGGCUACUUAGAGACUGCACAAAAUCUGUUUGUACAGCUCUGCUACAGCGAAAAUACACUCCCCUGUGGGCGGCGACUAUUCGAACGCAGGACUGAAAAAAAACCUAGCGAGUGAACAGGUCUGAAAUAGCCCCUUUAUUCGAGCACCCAUCCAGUGACUGAUUAUAAAUUAUUACAGUACAGGUUGAGUAUCCCUUAUCCAAAAUGCUUGGGACCAGAGGUAUUUUGGAUAUGGGAUUUUUCCGUAUUUUGGAAUAAUUGCAUACCAUAAUGAGAUAUCAUGGUGAUGGGACCUAAAUCUAAGCACAGAAUGCAUUUAUGUUACAUAUACACCUUAUACACACAGCCUGAAGGUCAUUUUAUACAAUAUUGUUUAUAACUUUGUACAUUAAACAAUGUGUGUGUACAUUCACACAAUUCAUUUAUCUUUCAUAUACACCUUAUACACACAGCCUGAAGGUCAUUUAAUACAAUAUUUUUAAUAACUUUGUGUAUUAAACAAAGUUUGUGUACAUUGAGCCAUCAAAAAACUAUUCUAAACUCCAGGAAAAACCUCUGUCAUGCAUACCAUUUACAUACGAGUCUGAAGGAUACCUGGCUGUGAUUCAGUUAACCACCUUUAAUUGUAAUUUUUCAUGAGUUUUUUUUAGUCUAACUGUCAUUGUUUUCAUUUUGUGUAAUAAAUUGUGUUUUUAUUAAAUAAUAUCUAUGCCGUAUUAAGCGCUACGUAGAAAAUGUUAUAUUUCUUAUUCUCCAAGGCUUAGUACAGCUGCCUCAUAAUAUGUAAAAUAGUUGUAUUUCUGUGGUAUUAAUUUAGGUAAUAGUUAAAUUUAGGGUAAGGGAACUACAUUUAGAAUAACAGCAAUGGUUCCUCAAAAAAAAAAAAUAUAUAUAUAUAUAACAAUUUGUAACAAGAAUAUGUUAUAGUGUAAAGUGAUAUUGCUAUCUACUUGCACAACGUGAAGUGAAAUUGUUGAACAGUUUCUGAAUAAUAAAGUGAAUGCUAUUUUA